AUGGAUUUGGAUAUAUCUAUCCGUGGGGUUGUACAUUGUAUCUCUGACCAAAGCGCAGCUAUAACAUGGUCAUUGAUCUCAUGGGACUAUCUUAUAACCAUCGAUGAUGAGGUCACUCUCUUUUGGUUUUCAAGAAGGUCGUGGAUCAAAUUUUUAUUCUUUACUACGAAGUACUUGGAGAUAAAAUGCGGAAAAGUGACAUUGCAGCUCCUUGUCAUCGAAAGUAUCCUUAUCCUCAGAAUCUGGGCAAUGAUGGGCAAGCAGCAGUGCACCUCUUAUGGAUUUUCUUUAGCCUGUUCACCUGCAGCACAAUACCGACUGCAAUAUAUGAGGCUAUUAUCUUCAUCACUGCAGCAUGUUAUGGAAUCAGGCAAUCAGGAGGUCUAA